AUGCGUCUUUCAGUAUCGAAUUUGUUUAUUCGGUGAUGGACAGACAUCUGUUGUACCAAUCAGUUGGAUUUUUGAUGACCAUGGAACAUUGAAGUGUCGAUGGACAUCAUCACUCUCAAACAUUAAAAACAAUUCUCCACCAAACCCUAACUGGAAGGUUUAUGACAUUGUGAAGAUCGUUGGACCAUCAAUUGGAGACUAUGAUCAAGCAAAUCAAUACAUCUCAGAUUACACAACGGGGGUCUCAGCAGCAGAGGACUCAAUUAAUUACUUAUUCAAUGACAGACCCUGCAGUUGUGGAAUUACCUGAGAAGAGAAAAAGGAAAAAUAAGCUCUGUGAUGAAAGUGACAUCAAUUCAGAGACCUCUUCCUGUGAAGAUGAUAAGAACUUGAAGCAGUCAGGAAAUGAAGUGAAGCAAUCUGGUCUGAAGUCAAGAAAUGUCCCAUUGCUCAAACCUCCUAUAUACCAUGAUACUCUUCAGAGAAGUGGGAAAAAAGAUGAGGAUGAUCCCAAGCCCACAGGCUCUGAUGUCUCAGAAUUUCAUGAUCUUCAACAACAUCACAUGACUUAUAAAGAAAUUACAGUGCAAACCAGGAUACCAGAUGAUGUGCAUUUAAAGAAGUCAAGAAAUGCAAUGAAGCGAGUUGGUCUGAAGACAAAGAAUGUUCAGCUGGCCAAAACUCCCAGAUACCAUGUAGUCAAGAGUCCACUUAUUCAGAAAGCUCUGUGCGUCAAAACAUCUGGUGACUGUCUGGAUGAUAACAAUGAAAGCCCUGAUGACAGUUAUUUAAACUCAAGCCAGCCCAACCCAGUAUUCUUAGAUACUCUUCAGGGAAAUGUGGCAAUGCAUGAGGAUGAUCAUCCCAAAAGCUCUGCUUCUUCAGGGAAGGAACCAAAGGAAACAAAAUGCAAAGUCACCAUGGAGAAAUUGUUUGAUCUGAAUACUAAGAUACUCCAACAAAUUCAAAUGCUGGAACAGAGACAAGCUGUCAUCAUGAAUGACUUGGCCAAAGUUAAGUCUGUUCUCAUGAAGCGGGCAGAAGAAGAUGCCCAUGAGGAACAUUUUAAACAACAACAGUGCUCCAGCUUUGAAAUGUUUGAAGCCUUUCUGUCAGAGGCUUGAAGAAGACAAAAAUUAUCGAGAGCUUUAUGUACACCAUCUCAUCCAUACUCACGGCAGCUCCAAUAUAGGUGAGAUGGUGAGACAGGCUUUAAAAAGCAUAGCGUCAGACAAUGUUCUCUGUCUGUAUAACAGAACGGGGAAAGAUGGGAAGAAGGUGUUGCCACCUAUGCUCCUGACAUGUUUGAAAAAAUGUGUCAGGUCUUUUUACAAACAAAAUGAAAUAGAGGUGAAGAAGCUAAAAGUAACCACCAGAACAACACCAGACGCGGAAUGUAUUCGCCAAGUAGAAAUUUUUUUGUCCAACGCCAACACCAGGCUGAAAAGGAAACCAAAUAAAGGAAAAAUCUGA